AUGAAACCUCGACGGGUGAUUAGCAACUACGAAACGUUAAUUUCACUCAUUUCAAAUGAAGGUUCAACUAUUUUAGUGAUAUCCCCGAAUCAGACAGCUAAAUUGCGUCCUUUACGUUCCGAAUUCGACUGUAAAGGAAGACUGCAUCUUGAUGAUAAUGCUAAAAUAAAACCUUUACUUCUUUGUAUCUUUGAAAGAAACGUUUUCUUUCUUUCUUCCUUUCUUUGGAGAAGAGUCGGUGCGGCUGAGAAGGGAGAGAAAAGUAUAUCUAUCUAUCUAUCUAUCUAUCUAUCUAUCUAUCUAUCUAUCUAUCUAUCUCGGAGAGCUAUGCUUUGUCGCGCGUGCGAGACGCAUGCGCAAAAUGCCGUCGGCGAGUAUCUAUUUUUCCUUCCGAAAAAAAUUCUCAAACCCAUAGUCUGUUUCUUCUGUUUUUUCUCACUUUUAUUCAUGGUCAUCUUGACUAUCAAUUAUUCGUUGCUGUUCCUCGUGUCUGACUUCCUGUCUGCUCCAUUGUUUGAUUAUACUUCCUCUUUGUUUCAUUCUUUCUCUCCACAUAAACUCAUUCCCUUUCCUUCUUUACACGUACUUUUUCGUUUUUUUUUAAACGUGUUCUUCUUUUCUUUAUUUGCGCUAUUUCUAUCGACAUUCUUAUUGGCUAUUCUUAUCCGUUCUUUUGUUGUGUCUAUCUUUUCAUUUCCUCUCCUUAUCUGCCUAUCAUUCUCUUUAGUCUGGUCUUUCUCUUUUUCCUUUUUUUCUCUCUUUGAUCUCUUUCUCGCAUUUUCUAUGAUUUUCGUCUUCAUAUUAUCUAGAUGGAUCCUUUUCUAUUAUUCACUUCUUUGCAUUUCUUAUACCGUUACUUCAGCUCGUAUCCUUUCCUUUUCUUUCAUUCACGACUUUGCAUUUUACCUUCGAUUUAUUCAGGUAUUAUCAUUUAUAGAUCCCUUUUUAUCUUUCACUUCUUUGCAUUUCUUUUACUGUCUCUUCAGCUCGUAUCCUUUCCUUUCCUUUCAUUCACUACUUUGCAUUUUACCUUCGAUUUCUUCAGCUCGUAUCCUCUCCUUUCAUUCACUACUUUGCAUUUUACCUUCGAUUUCUUCAGGUAUUAUCAUUUAUAGAUCCCUUUUUAUCUUUCAAUUCUUUGCAUUUCUUUUACCGUCUCUUCAGCUCGUAUCCUCUCCUUUCAUUCACUACUUUGCAUUUUACCUUCGAUUUCUUCAGGUAUUAUCAUUUAUAGAUCCCUUUCUAUCUUUCACUUCUUUGCAUUUCUUUUACUGUCUCUUCAGCUCGUAUCCUUUCCUUUCCUUUCAUUCACUUCUUUGCAUUUUACCUUCGAUUUCUUCAGGUAUUAUCAUUUAUAGAUCCCUUUUUAUCUUUCAAUACUUUGCAUUUCUUGUACCGUCUCUUCAGCUCGUAUCCUCUCCUUUCAUUCACUACUUUGCAUUUUACCUUCGAUUUAUUCAGGUAUUAUCAUUUAUAGAUCCCUUUUUAUCUUUCACUUCUUUGCAUUUCUUUUACUGUCUCUUCAGCUCGUACCUUUCCUUUCAUUCACUACUUUGCAUUUUACCUUCGAUUUCUUCAGGUAUAAUCAUUUAUAGAUCCCUUUUUAUCUUUCAAUACUUUGCUUUUCUUGUACCGUCUCUUCAGCUCGUAUCCUCUCCUUUCAUUCACUACUUUGCAUUUUACCUUCGAUUUCUUCAGGUAUUAUCAUUUAUAGAUCCCUUUUUAUCUUUCAAUUCUUUGCAUUUCUUUUACCGUCUCUUCAGCUCGUAUCCUCUCCUUUCAUUCACUACUUUGCAUUUUACCUUCGAUUUCUUCAGCUCGUAUACUUUCCUUUCCUUUCAUUCACUAAUUUGCAUUUUUCCUUCGAUUUCUUCAGGUAUUAUCAUUUAUAAAUCCCUUUCUGUCUUUCACUUCUUUGCAUUUCUUUUACCGUCCAUUCAGCUCGUAUCCUUGCCUUUCCUUUCAUUCACUACUUUGCAUUUUACCUUCGAUUUCUUCAGUUCUUUUACCGUCUCUUCAGCUUUCCUUUCGUAUCUUUCAAUCACUACUUUCCUUUUGCAUUUUACCUUCGAUUUCUUCAGCUCGUAUCCUUUCCUUUCCUUUCAUUCACUACUUUGCAUUUUACCUUCGAUUUCUUCAGGUAUUAUCAUUUAUAGAUCCUUUUUAUCUUUCAAUUCUUUUGCAUUUCUUUUACCGUCUUACUUCAGCUCGUAUUAUCUCUCUCCUUUCAUUCACUACUUUGCAUUUUACCUUCAUUUCUUCAGCUCGUAUACUUCCUUUCAUUUACAUUCACUACUUUGCAUUUUCCUUUUUCUUCAGGUAUUAUCAUUUAUAGAUCCCUUUUUAUCUUUCAAUUCUUUGCAUUUCUUUUACCGUCUCUUCAGCUCGUAUCCUUUCUUUCCUUUCAUUCACUACUUUGCAUUUUACCUUCGAUUUCUUCAGCUCGUAUCCUCUCCUUUCAUUCACUACUUUGCAUUUUACCUUCGAUUUCUUCAGGUAUUAUCAUUUAUAGAUCCCUUUUUAUCUUUCACUUCUUUGCAUUUCUUUUACUGUCUCUUCAGCUCGUAUCCUUUCCUUUCCUUUCAUUCACUACUUUGCAUUUUACCUUCGAUUUCUUCAGGUAUUAUCAUUUAUAGAUCCCUUUUUAUCUUUCAAUUCUUUGCAUUUCUUUUACCGUCUCUUCAGCUCAUCCCUUUUUAUCUUUCACUUCUUUGCAUUUCUUUUACCGUCUCUUCAGCUCGUAUCCUUUCCUUUCCUUUCAUUCACUACUUUGCAUUUUACCUUCGAUUUCUUCAGGUAUUAUCAUUUAUAGAUCUCUUUCUAUCUUUCACUUCUUUGCAUUUCUUUUACCGUCUCUUCAGCUCGUUUUUUUGCAUUUUUCCUUCGAUUUCUUCAGGUAUUAUCAUUUAUAAAUCCCUUUUUGUCUUUCCUUCUUUUGCAUUUCUUUUACCGUCUCUUCAGCUCGUAUCCUUUCCUUUUUUCAUUCACUACUUUGCAUUUUACCUUCGAUUUCUUCAGGUAUUAUCAUUUAUAGAUCCUUUUUAUCUUUCACUUCUUUUUGCAUUUCUUUUACCGUCUCUUCAGCUCGUAUCCUCUUCCUUUCAUUCACUACUUUUUUUGCAUUUUACCUUCGAUUUCUUCAGCUCGUACUGUCUCUUUCAUUCAGCUACUUUGUUUUUUACCUUCGAUUUCUUCAGGUAUUAUCAUUCAUCCCUUUUUGCUUUUUCUUUGCAUUUCUUUUACCGUCUCUUCAGGUUUAUCAUUUAUAGAUUUCUUUUUACUUUCGUCUUGCUUUUCUUGCUCGUAUCUUCAGCUCGUAUCCUUUCCUUUCACUACUUUGCAUUUUACCUUCGAUUUCUUCAGCUUUAUCCGUCUCUUUCAUUCUCGUUUGCCUUUUUUUCCUUUCAUUCUUCUACUUUGCAUUUUACCUUCGAUUUCUUUCAAUUUUGCAUUUCAUUUAUAAAUCCUUUCAGCUCGUUCCUCACUUUCUUUCACUAUUUGCUUUUACCGUCUCUUUCUUCAGGUAUUAUCAUUUAUAGAUCCAAUUCUUUGCAUUUCUUUUUACUUUCCUUUCAUUCACUUACUUUUCAGCAUUUUUUCCUUUCGAUUUCUUCAGGUAUUAUCAUUUAUAGAUCCCUUUCAGGUAUUAUCUUUCACUUCUUUGCAUUUCUUUUACCGUCUCUUCAGCUCGUAUCCUUUCCUUUCCUUUCAUUCACUACUUUGCAUUUUACCUUCGAUUUCUUCAGAUCCCUUUUUAUCUUUCAAUUCUUUGCAUUUCUUUUACCGUCUCUUCAGCUCGUAUCCUCUCCUUUCAUUCACUACUUUGCAUUUUACCUUCGAUUUCUUCAGGUAUUAUCAUUUAUAGAUCCCUUUUUAUCUUUCAAUUCUUUGCAUUUCUUUUACCGUCUCUUCAGCUCGUAUCCUAUCCUUUCCUUUCAUUCACUACUUUGCAUUUUUCCUUCGAUUUCUUCAGGUAUUAUCAUUUAUAGAUCACUUUUUUAUCUUUCACUUCUUUGCAUUUCUUUUACUGUCUCUUCAGCUCGUAUCCUUUCCUUUUUCUUCAGCUCGUAUUCUUUUUUUCCUUUUUUACUACUUUUGCAUUUUUCCUUCUUUCUUCAGGUAUUAUCAUUUAUAGAUCCUUUUAUCUUUCACUUCUUUGCAUUUUGUUAUCUCUUUCAAUUUCUUUCACUUUUGCAUUUUACUUCGAUUUCUUCAGGUAUUAUCUUUAUAGAUCAGCUCGUAUCCUUCUUUGCUUUCCGUUCUUCACUCGUAUCCUUUCUUUUCAUUUUUUUUAUUUUACCUUCGAUUUCUUCAGGUAUUAUCAUUUAUAGAUCCCUUUUUAUCUUUCACUUCUUUGUAUUUCUUUUACCGUUACUUCUGCUCGUAUCCUCUCCUUUCAUUCACUACUUUGCAUUUUACCUUCGAUUUCUUCAGGUAUUAUCAUUUAUAGAUCCCUUUUUAUCUUUCACUUCUUUGCAUUUCUUUUACUGUCUCUUCAGCUCGUAUCAUUUCCUUUCCUUUCAUUCACUUUUUGCAUUUUACCUUCGAUUUCUUCAGGUAUUAUCAUUUAUAGAUCCCUUUUUUAUCUUUCAAUACUUUUGCAUUUCUUUUACCGUCUCUUCAGCUCGUAUCCUUUCCACUUUCAUUUUACAUUCACUACUUUAUCAUUUUACCUUUUCAAUUUCUUCAGGUAUUAUCAUUUUCAGCUCCUUUUAUCUUUCAAUUCUUUUGCCUUUCAUUCACUACUUUGCAUUUUACCUUCGAUUUCUUCAGGUAUUAUCAUUUAUAGAUCCCUUUUCUUCAGGUAUUUCAAUUCUUUGCAUUUCUUCUUUCCGUCUUGCUUCAGCUUACAUCCCUUUUAUCUUUCAAUUCUUUUGCAUUUCUUUUACCGUCUCUUCAGCUCGUAUCCUUUCCUUUCAUUCACUACUUUGCAUUUUUCAGCUCAUGAUUUCUUCAGGUAUUAUCAUUUAUAGAUCCUUUUUCUUUCAAUUCUUUGCAUUUCUUUUACCGUCUCUUCAGCUCGUAUCCUUUCCUUUCCUUUCAUUCACUUUUGCAUUUUACCUUCUUUUUCAGGUAUUAUCAUUUAUAGAUCCCUUUUUAUCUUUCAAUUCUUUUGCAUUUCUUUUACCGUCUCUUCAGCUCGUAUCCUCUCCCUUUCAUUCACUACUUUGCAUUUUACCUUCGAUUUCUUCAGGUAUUAUUUUUAUAGAUCCCUUUUAUCUUUCACUUCUUUUUGCAUUUCUUUUUUUACCGUCUCUUCAGCUCGUAUCCUUUCCUUUCCUUUUCAUUCACUACUUUUGCAUUUUACCUUCGAUUUCUUCAGGUAUUAUCAUUUAUAGAUCCCUUUUUUAUCUUUCAAUUCUUUGCAUUUCUUUUACCGUCUCUUCAGCUCGUAUCCUUUUUUUCAUUCACUACUUUGCAUUUUACCUUCGAUUUCUUCAGGUAUUAUCAUUUAUAGAUCCCCUUUUAUCUUUCAAUUCUUUGCAUUUCUUUUACCGUCUCUUCAGCUCGUAUCCUUUCCUUUCUUUCAUUCAUUCUACUUUUGCAUUUUACCUUCGAUUUCUUCAGGUAUUAUCAUUUAUAGAUCCCUUUUUUAUCUUUCACUUUUGCAUUUUUUUUUUACUCUCUUCAGCUCGUAUCCUUCUUUCCUUUCAUUCACUACUUUGCAUUUUACCUUCGAUUUCUUCAGGUAUUAUCAUUUAUAAAUCCCUUUUUAUCUUUCACUUCUUUGCAUUUAUAGAUCCCCUUUUUCAUUCACUCUUUCAUUUCUUUCAGCUCGUAUCCUUUCCUUUCCUUUCAUUCACUUUUUGCAUUUUACCUUCGAUUUCUUCAGGUAUUAUCAUUUAUAGAUCCCUUUUUAUCUUUCACUUUGCAUUUUUGCUUUUUACCGUCUCUUCAGCUCGUAUCCUUUCCUUUCUUUCAUUCACUACUUUGCAUUUUACCUUCGAUUUCUUCAGCUCGUAUCCUUUCCUUUCUUUCAUUCACUACUUUGCAUUUUACCUUCGAUUUCUUCAGGUAUUAUCAUUUAUAGAUCCUUUUAUCUUUCAAUUCUUUUGCAUUUCUUUUUUACCGUCUCUUCAGCUCGUAUCCUCUCCUUUCCUUUCAUUCACUACUUUGCAUUUUACCUUCGAUUUCUUCUCAGGUAUUAUCAUUUAUAGAUCCCUUUUUAUCUUCAUUCCUUUUUAUCUUUCAGCUCGUAUCCUUUUGCAUUCACUUCUUUUGUAUUUUCUUUCAGCUCGUAUCCUUUAUAGAUCCUUUUAUUCACUUCUUUUUUCUUUUAUUUUUCAGCUCGAUUUUCUUUCAUAUUUUUGCAUUUACCUACGAUUUAUUCAGGUAUUAUCAUUUAUAGAUCCCUUUUUUAUCUUUCACUUCUUUGCAUUUCUUUUACCGUCUCUUCAGCUCGUAUCCUUUCCCUUUCAUUCACUACUUUGCAUUUUACCUUCGAUUUCUUCAGAUCCCUUUAUCUUUCACUUCUUUGUAUCCUUCUUCAGCUCGUAUCCUCCCUUUCAUUCACUACUUUGCAUUUUACCUUCGAUUUCUUCAGGUAUUAUCAUUUAUAGAUCCCUUUUUAUCUUUCAAUUCUUUUGCAUUUCUUUUACCGUCUCUUCAGCUCGUAUCCUCUCCUUUCAUUCACUACUUUGCAUUUUACCUUCAGAUUUCUUUUCAGGUAUUAUCAUUUAUAGAUCCCUUUUAUCUUUCAAUUCUUUUGCAUUUCUUUUACCGUCUCUUCAGCUCGUAUCCUCUCCUUUCAUUCACUACUUUGCAUUUUACCUUCGAUUUUCUUCAGGUAUUAUCAUUUAUAGAUCCUUUAUCUUUCAAUUCUUUGCAUUUCUUUUUUACCGUCUCUUCAGCUCGUAUCCUUUCCUUUUCCUUUCAUUCACUACUUUGCAUUUUUUUAUACCUUCGAUUUCUUCAGGUAUUAUCAUUUAUAGAUCCCUUUUAUCUUUCAAUUCUUUGCAUUUCUUUUACCGUCUCUUCAGCUCGUAUCCUUUCCUUUUUUUUCACUACUUUGCAUUUUACCUUCGAUUUCUUCAGGUAUUAUCAUUUAUAGAUCCCUUUUUAUCUUUCAAUUCUUUGCAUUUCUUUUACCGUCUCUUCAGCUCGUAUCCUUUUUACCUUUUCAUUCACUAUUCACUUGCAUUUUACCUUCGAUUUCUUCAGGUAUUAUCAUUUAUAGAUCCCUUUUUUAUCUUUCAAUUUUGCAUUUCUUUUUUACCGUCUCUUUCUGCUCGUAUCCUCCUUUCCUUUCAUUCACUACUUUGCAUUUUACCUUCGAUUUGGUAUUAUUUUAUAAAUCCUUUUAUUUCUUUGCAGGUUUACUGUCUUUAUAGAUCCUCUUUUUUCAUUCACUACUUUGCUUUUUGCAUUUCUUUUACUAUCAUUUAUAGAUCCCUUUCAGCUUUCUUUUACGUAUCAGCUUCCUUUCCUUUCCUUUCAUUCACUACUUUUGCAUUUUACCUUCGAUUUCUUCAGGGUAUUAUCAUUUAUAGAUCCCUUUUUCUCUUUCAAUUCUUUUGCAUUUCUUUUACCGUCUCUUCAGCUCAUCCUAUCCUUUCCUUUCAUUCACUACUUUUGCAUUUUACCUUCGAUUUCUUCAGGUAUUAUUCCAUUUAUUCCUUUUUAUACACUUCUUUGCAUUUUACCUUCGAUUUCUUCAGGUAUUCUUUUAGAUCCUUUUUUAUCUUUCAAUUUUUGCCUUUUCUUCUCCUUCAGCUCGUUCCUUUCCUUUCAUUCACUACUUUUGCAUUUUACCUUCGAUUUCUUCAGGUAUUAUCAUUUAUAGAUCCAUUUUAUUUCAAUUCUUUGCAUUUCUUUUACCGUCUCUUCAGCUCGUAUCCUUUCCUUUCAUUUCACUCACUUUGCAUUUUACCUUCGAUUUCUUCAGGUAUUAUCAUUUAUAGAUCCCUUUUUAUCUUUCACUUCUUUGCAUUUCUUUUUACCGUCUCUUUCAGCUCGUCCUCCUUUCCUUUCAUUCACUACUUUUGCAUUUUACCUUCGAUUUCUUCAGGUAUUAUCAUUUAUAGAUCCCUUUUUUAUCUUUCAAUUUUUUUGCAUUUCUUUUACCGUCUCUUCAGCUCGUAUCCUUUCCUUUCCUUUCAUUCACUACUUUGCAUUUUUACCUUCGAUUUCUUUACUGGUAUUAUCAUUUAUAGAUCCCUUUUUUUCUUUCAAUUCUUUUUGAUGCAUUUCUUUUACCGUCUCUUCAUCAGCUCGUAUCCUUUUCCUUUCCUUUCAUUCACUACUUUGCAUUUUACCUUCGAUUUCUUCAGCUCGUAUCCUUCUUCUUUUUCAUCCUUUCAUUUUACUUUCGAUUUUUGCAUUUAUAGAUCCAUUUUUUAUCUUUCAAUUCUUUUGCAUUUCUUUUUACCUUAUUAUCAUUUCUUUGCCUUUCAUUAUCCUUUUGCAUUUUACCUUCUUUCAAGUAUUAUCAUUUAUAGAUCCUUUUAUCUUUCAAUUUUGCAUUUCUUUUACUGUCUCUUCAGCUCGUAUCCUUUCCUUUCCUUUCAUUCACUACUUUGCAUUUUUUACCUUCGAUUUCUUCAGAUCCAUUUUUAUUUUUCACUUCUUUUGCAUUUUACCGUUACUUCAGCUAUCAUCCUUUCCUUUCCUUUCAUUCACUACUUUGCAUUUUACCUUCGAUUUCUUCAGGUAUUAUCAUUUAUAGAUCCUUUUUUCUUCUUUCAAUUUUUGCAUUUUUUUACCGUCUCUUCAGUUUAUGAUCCUUUCUUCCUUUCAUUCAUACUUUGCAUUUACCUUCGAUUUCUUCCCGUAUUAUCAUUUAUAGACCUUUUUAUCUUUCAUUUUUGCAUUUCUUUUUACUGUCUCUUCAGUUUAUCCUUUCCUUUCCUUUCAUUCACUACUUUCCAUUUUACAUUUGAUUUCUUCAGGUAUUAUCAUUUAUAG